AUGGUUGAUCACCCUCGCAGCCAGCUUCAAGAGGAACAAAAAUGCCACAUUAUUAAAUUGUAUGACGAAAAGUCUUAUGUAACAACUGACGAGGCUGUCGAAAGUUUAACUAAAGCACUUGAAAGCUUUAGCUUGAAGAGAAGCACAGUCAACAACUCUAUUUUAUAUGAAUGUAAUCUCUCAAUGAAGAAGCUCUCUCGCCAGCUCGUAGCUCGAAAUGAUGCAGCACAAAUUGACAUCAGAUAUGAGUGGGUUUUGAAAUGGACAACCACAGAUAUAGACUAUAUGCGAAAUUGCAUUUUCACUGAUGAGUCUGCGUUUGAUAUCAACAUGAGACCAACUUAUGAUAGAUCGAUCCGUAAUACGCCCGCUGUUACGAAGACUCCUCUUACCAAAGCUAGCAUUAGCUUAUUUUCUGGUGCAUGA